GCUUCCUCGCCCCAAGCUCCGUCAAAUCCUCGAAGUGGCCGGCGUACGCGAGGUCCGGCAUGUGGGCGUAAUCCUAACCUACCCGAUACAGAUGACAAAGAGAAAGGAACUCGCCGCCAUGGUAUUCAUUAUUGCGACCGCGCUUCAGGUGUUCCAGCGUAUCCUCGACCCAAAGGGCGUUGACGAGCACGGACAGGACGAGGUCACGGCGAAAUGGCGAUUCCUCGCUGUCUUUGGCAACGGUCUGGUGGAGCGGGAAGUGCUCAACUGUGGCCAUCGGGUUCGGGCGCGGCCAGGCGGUGAGCUUGGCGACACAGUCCAACGACUUGAGCGCGGUCUCGUAUUCGCGCUUGCGAUGCGCGACGCCUUUCUAAGACACCCUGACCGUGGUAUGCGACCGGAUUCUGUGAGACACGUUAGAUGAAUGUCGAUACGGGCAACAGGGGGCUGGAAGAACAACACCUGCAGCGCGUUGGCAACCUCAGAUGGGAUCGAUGCCAACGAAAUUCUUUUAGAACGCUCGCCCCUCGGCCUCUGAACCGGUGUAGAAGAUGAUGACCAUGCAGGCUUGCCGU